AUGGCCUCCUCGCUGGAGCAGGCGCUGACCACCAUGGUCUGCACCUUCCACAAGUACUCGGGCCGCGAGGGCGACAAGUACAAGCUCAGCAAGGCCGAGCUCAAGGAGCUGCUCAACAAGGAGCUGCCCGUCUUCGGGAGCAAGCAGAUGGAUGAGGCCGAGUUCCGCAGGAUCAUGAACGACCUGGACCACAACAAGGACAGCGAGUUGGACUUCCAGGAGUUCGCCUGCUUCAUGGCCUGCGUGGCCAUGGGCUUCAACGAGUUCUUCAAGGGCUGCCCGGCCCCGCAGCCCCGCAAGAAGUGA